UGCUUCCGGGCUCUCAUCAUGGGGGCCUGAGAAGCAGCGCUGGCCGCCUGCACCCUCCCCUCCCAGCCCUCGCCCGCCAGCCCCAAGCCUCACCGCCGGCCCCCGCCCCGGCCCCCCUCGGCCCAGUCUCUGCGAAGCGGCGCCAGCCUCCCCGGGGAGCGGCCAGGGGAGGCGCCGGGUUCAUGUUCCGGGUCGCUGAACCUGCCUCGACCCGAGCUCAGGCGGCGAGAAAGAGCUGGCAUUUCAGUAGGACUAUGGAGGAGCUGGUUCACGAUCUAGUCUCAGCACUGGAAGAAAGUUCAGAGCAGGCAAGAGGAGGUUUUGCUGAUACUGGAGAUCAUUCUCGAAGUGUGUCUUGUCUUCUCAAGCGUCAGGCAAGGAAAAGAAGGGGACGCAAAAGACGUUCAUUUACCACCCAUCAUCCCUGGGAGACUGGUCACUGCUUAAGCGAAGGUUCUGAUUCCAGUUUAGAGGAAUCAAACAAAGACUACAGGGAGAAUCAUGCUAAUAAGAAAGACCACAGUGACUCUGAUGACCAGUUGUUGGUUGCUAAGCGUAGGCCUUCCUCAAACUUAAAUAACAUUAGGGGCAAAAGGCCUCUGUGGCACGAACCAGAUUUAGCAGUCGACAGUUUAGGAAACAGAAUUUUGCGCAGGAGAAGAAAGGUAAAACGGAUGGCGAUAGAUCUGCCAUCAGAAGUCUCUAAUGCACUGACAGUAACUCAACAGCAGGAUAACAGCAGAGAUCAAGAAAUGGACAAUAACAAUAAAUCAUACCAACACCAAGAGUUCUCCAAGAGCAAAGUGAAAAAAAGAAAAGUAGCAGCAGCUCGACAAGGACCAGAAGUCUUGGAUGAAGGAGUAGUUAUAGAAAGUGAAGAAGUGACCCAAGCAAAUAAGGACAAAAUGGAGUAUGAGGAGCAAAAAGGCUCAGAUGAGAACAUGAGUGACAGUGAAUCCAGCAGUCUGAGCAGCAGUGAUGCGGGUUUGUUUACCAAUGAUGAGGGAAGACAAGGUGAUGAUGAGCAGAGUGAUUGGUUUCAUGAAAAUGAAUCUGGUGGAGCAUGUGGAAUUACUGGAGUCAUUCCAUGGUGGGAACAAGAAGACUCUACAGAACUUGAAAGAGAAUUGCCUGAUCCAGUCUUUGAAAGUAUCUUAACUGGGACUUUUCCUCUCAUGUCCCAUUCAGGAAGGAGAGGUUUCCAGAGUAGAUUUAGUCAUCUUCAUGGAAUGCCAGCAAGAAACAUAAAAAAGGCUUCAGGAAACCAGAAUGCAUUGAUAACUCCGGGACCAGGCGGUAGCAGGAAAACAGUUCACAUGUCCCAGGAUUGUCUUCACCAUGACCACUGGUUUAGCCCUGGGGCUAGGAAGGAACAUAGCCAGCUUCAGCUCUUACGAGACAACCGCUCAGAGAGAGGACACAAGAAAAACAGCUCUGUAAAAACAGCAAGCAGGCAAACCAGUGUACAUUUAGGAUCAUUGUGCAUGGGAGACAUCAAACGGAGAAGGAAAGCUGCUCCCCUGCCAGGACCUACAGGGUUUGUAGGUGAAAACACCCAACCAAUCCCAGAAAACAACAUUGGGAACAGAAUGCUUCAGAGCAUGGGCUGGACCCCUGGUACGGGCCUUGGACCGGACGGCAAAGGGAUCGCAGAACCAAUACGAGCUAUCCAGAGACCAAAAGGACUCGGACUUGGAUUUAGCUGACAGAAAUGCACUCUGGCUGCCUGAUAAAAAUGAGGCUAAAAAUUGAUUUUAAAAGAGACACAAAAUAAAAAAGUAAACUUACAUAAUUUGUUGUGAUCAGCAAAUCCUGUUAUUCUUCUCUCAAAGAUCACUGAAGUCAAUCUGCUUCACAUUAGCUACACCAGCUGCAAGGUACAGCCACAGUGACAGACCCGGCAUUCAAGUCUUAACUUUAUAAUGGUGCUAAAAUGUACAAAAAUUUCUACUUUUUUAGUUUCUGUUGUCUUAAAGUUUGUAUUCAGCAUAAAAUUCCAUAUAUUCAUUUCCUUUCCUAACAGCUUCUGGCACAGCAGGUUUUAGUAUAUAAGCAAAUUUACUUCUUUCUGCAAAUAUAAUUUCAGCUCAAGAAUCUUGAUCAGAUUCAUCAGGGAAAAUAGAACUUUUUACAGCUCUUGUGUUUCCCCCCAUUUCAGGCAUAGUUUCCAAACCUGGUAUUUCUAGUGUUUAACAGUAUUUGAGGAUAAGCUGUCAUUUUAUACAUUUUUCCCACUGGAAGGUGAUAUGGUAUGCAGCUUUUGUAUAAGAGCACAAAAAAAUGGCUUUGUUGUCAUAGGAAUGCCAUUCCAACACUAUUAUCUGGCAAUGUAUCAUUGUCUUCCACAUUGAAGCUCAAAAGUAAAGCUUUUAUACUUGUUUUUACAUUCACAGGAUUAUCUUUUUUCAUCAAAUAUUGUAGAAAGUUGAAGUUCUGACUUUGGAUUUCACUUUAUAUUAAUAUCCUCAGUGUUCCCACAUUUAGGAACAGUUCAAACUUUGAACCACAAAAUUGUAUUUUAUUGAUGUCUUUCAUUGUUUAUAUUUUGGGGGGGUUGCAAAUUUUAAACAGUGCAGUGUUCAACAUCAUGUUAUCACUUGGUUUGUGAUCAGGCUGGUGCCAAUGAGCACCACUCUAAGGAUCACGAACAGAAAAAGGGCAAGGAGAAGCAGGAUUAGGGUGGAGGAAAGGAAGGAAAAGGAUAUUUUCAUGGCAUCUCACAAAUAUAAGCUAGCAAUUUAAAAUCAGGAAGGAUCAUUAAGUGUUUUAAUCAGUAUCCUAAUGUGUCUAAUGUCAGCAGAAGCAAUUUCAUUAAGCACCAACCAAUCAAGCUCCUAGGGUACUUAUUGGUCUGCCGUAUAAAAUAAAUUCCACUUUACGUGAUAGGGCUGAAGGAAACUGUUGUUCAGAUGGUCUAAGGAGAAAAUCCUGCCCCUGUCCCUGCCCACCCCUGUAGCAGCUGGCAGUAUUUAUCCUGGCUGCAGAGGGAACAGGAUUUGAGUGUCCAGUCUUCUUUUUUUCUUCAAGAGAGGGGUUUCUCCCUCCUUCUGCUUCGAAAUAUAAGAGAAUACCUACUUCCAGAUGCUUGCAAAGGUAUUCCCUUGGAAUAAACAGGGCACAGCUUCCUUCAUGUGACUGAAAUAUGGUGAUGAAUUUUAAGAAGAGCUUUUACUACUUUUUGUUUUCUCUCAACUUCACCCAUUUUCCCAGAAAAAUAAUACUAGGGAAUAAAAUAGCACUGUUAUAGCUUUGAGUUUGCUUAAAAGAAAUGUUCAUGCUUUCCAGUGUGCGUACUGUCAGGUUGGGUACGUUGUUUCACCAUACACAUAAUGUAGACUAAAAUGUUAGUACCUGUUGCUGUUUUUAGUGGUAGCUGAAUGCACCUCUUCUCUGAGUUUCAGAAAAACUAUUUAUUUAUUUUUGUUUAAAUACUUGAUAUAAUUGUGUGGUUUUGCUUUUGGAAAUGAUAAGACAUUUUAAACACACUUGAGAUUUAUAAUUGACAAAUAUACUUUUUAUUGGAAGGUUUUAAGGCAUAUCAUCAUGCGAGUUUGCCCCUUAAACUAAGUUAAAUACAUUGCACAUCCAAACAAUUUCAGGGCCACAUAUUGCAGAGGUUUAAGAGCCUGGAAUUCUGCAGCUGGCAGAAGUACCGACUUGUAUAAGUGUUAUUUCCAAUAAUGAAUGGAUGUUGCGUGCUUCUGUACUUUCAGUGCAGUGUGCUACUGAGAGCAAGUUAGUUCUAAAGACCUCUUUGUAUUAUACACCACAAUCAAAAAUUCCUUAGAACAACUUUCAACAUGUGAAUUGUGAAAGUAAAUCUUUAAGUUCUGGCUGAUUUUGCUCUACUUGCAAAACCGUAAAUAAACAUUCAUUCUCUGUUAGGAUUCCAUUGUUUUGCUUUGGGUGCAACACCUGCAUGUCUUGGGCUGGAAAUUCUAAGUGUGGCAUAUAUAACACUUGUUUGAAGUAUUUCUGUGCGAUUUACUGUAGCAGUAGUUCUUCAAGAAAUGGGUCUGUGGCUCUGAAAGUACAUGAAAAAUAAAAAUCCUAUUUUAAAAAGAUAAGAGGGAAAUAAUGGAUACAUGUUGAGAGAAAACCUCUUUAGCCUAUUCAGCAUUUUAUUCAUCCAUUCAUACACAUACAGUGAAGUGGCCAACCUAGGAAACAGCUGUAAUGGAAGAAGUAUUUAGUCUGACUGGAAAUCUUACAACUUUUUGUUUUAGAUCAGUCUGUUAGUGAGAAGCUAUUAAACCUCUCAUAGAUGCCACAGCUGACUGUCAACUUCAUUCAUUUUAAGCUGCAGAACAAAGUGAUUUAUUAAAAUACUUUAAUGUAGUGCUUUAAAAUAUUUUUUUGUUUCAGUAAAAUUCCCAUUCUGACUCUCAUUUUGUUUCUGUUUUCUUCAUGUCUCAUAGUAGUGGUUUUAAGAUAUUCUGUUAGUGUGAUUUUUCAUUGUUAAAAAUAGUGUUAAGAACCAAAACAAAAAUGAAUUAUACUUUUUCCUUUGUUAAGCCAUUACAUUAUUAGUCGGCUUUGAAACAUGUCAAAGUACUUGGACUUAUUGGAGGGAUUUUUAGGUCUUUCUCAUACCUAACCUACAAUCAAACUAUGAUACCUGCUAUAAUGUUGGCUCACAUUACUUUAAAAUACAUAUAGAAGUAUUUUCAGAUAAUAAUUCGUAAUGGCUGUGACACUGAAGGGGGUUUUGCCUACAUAAAGAAGUAUGGGAUCAUCUUGUAUCUAAAAGGUACCAUCCAUCUUGCCAGAUUCUUUCCAUUUAGGUGUUUGAUUAAUCAGUAGCUCAGCUAUUACCAUAGUAUUCUUCUUCUGCAGAGUAUUUAGUGAAGAGACAUUAUGUAUUAUCAGCAUUGCAUUUUGCUACGUGUUCCAUGGUGACUUAGAGUUCUGUGAAUUGAGCCAUGAACUGUUAAUAAAAGAAACACAUGAGCACUGUCUUAUUUUUAAAUAAGUAUUUGUCCAAGUCAGAGAAGCAUUAUCUCUAUGCUCAUCUGAACAAGUUUGUCCCUGCAUUUGUCUUUCUGCAAUUAGGUCAAUGAUGGGUAUAGAAUGGCAGUAAAUAGCUAAAUAAUAUGUAUAGAAUGCUUUGCUUUACCAACACAAAUGCAACAUGAAAUAAAACAAACAGACUC